AGUGAAAUUAAACAAUUUAUUGCUUAAAGUAGUAAAUGUUCUGCGCUUUGAAGGACACUCCCAGGUCAUACAUACUCAUGAGGCUUCGAGAAACUCUUGGAUGAGGAAAAACGUCGCCUCUGGCUAUAAAAAAAAAGAACUGAGUAGGAGACGAAAGUAACAUGAAGAAAACGUCGUUAGCAGGAAUCGGGUCUAGCUGGUUAUAAAGGCGAUCUGUGCGCGUUUAUCAUCGCUCGGGCAGCGACGCUCCGCAGGAAAGCAGCUGGUUUUGAUUAUUAGUAGUUGGGGUUACUUUCGAGUUACUUUCGAGUAGUGAAGCUGCCGAAGGCGGGUGCGGAAGGGAGGGACGGGACGCUUUGCGGAACAGCGCGGCUCCCGACGCCGACUUUGGGGAUUCAGACUCCGCUCUUGGACCUUAAGAGACGCCAAUGCGAAACGCGCUCCGCGAAUCCUGAAACACCAACUGCUGACAAAGGAACUAUGCGGGCCCUGUGAUUUUAAAACCAUGACAGAGGAUAUCCGGGUGUAAAUCAAGGUCAUAAAACUACCAAUCAGGUAGUCAUGUCGACAGAAGAAGAAAGGUUCAAACUUGUUGUGGUGGGUGGAGGCGGAGUGGGCAAAAGUGCUUUAACGAUCCAGUUCAUACAGUCCUACUUUGUGUCAGAUUACGACCCCACCAUCGAAGAUUCCUACACGAAGAUCUGUAACGUGGAUGGGAAGCAGACCAGGCUAGACAUCCUGGACACAGCAGGGCAGGAGGAAUUCGGCGCCAUGCGAGAACAGUACAUGCGCUCUGGGGAGGGCUUUCUGCUUGUGUUCGCCCUCAACGACAGAGGGAGUUAUAAUGAGAUCCACAAGUUCCACACGCAGAUCUUGAGGGUGAAAGACCGCGAUGACUUCCCCAUGGUCCUGGUCGGGAACAAAGCAGAUCUCGAUUCCCAGAGAACGAUUCCUAAAGAAGAAGCCCAGGCCUUUGCCAGAGAGAACAGGAUCCAUUACAUGGAGUCGUCAGCCAAGAGCCGCCUCAAUGUGGAUGAAGCCUUCUUCGAGGUCAUUCGAGCGAUAAGAAAGUUCCAGGAGACUGAAAAUCCACCCCUUCCCUCUCACAACCCCGACAAACGGCGACCUGCAAGCUGCCCCUGUACCCUGCUUUAACUCUUCCGCACCUUCUGCUAAUCACCACAGCCACUCCGCCUUGGUGAGGACACCCCCCCCCCCUUUCAAAACUGAGCUCAGUGUCUCGUGUGGCCGUGAAUGGGAGAAGAUCUGAGGAAUGGACAGAUUUUGGGAGAGAUGGAGGAGACAGAGGGUGUGUUCCAGCGGAAGAGGUCCGGUGGGGGGGAGGGGGGGUCUACGGAUUGUGAAACAUUCCAAUUUAUUGCUGUGUUUUUUUUUAUCUUGCAUAUUUUAUUACGAUGUUCUGUGUUUAUAUCUCAAUUUGUACAAAUUUUAACGGGUGGAGGGGACUGAGGGUGGAGCUGGUGCCUGGGGCCUGCCUGAGCACUGGGCCAGGUUGGGGGGGGGGGGGGUGAUGAAUCCCAGUAACACUAUGAAACUGGGCAGCACUACACAGGUGGGAGGUGCUCAGGGCCACCUGGACACGGGACAGUGUGUUCUUCACACAGCUUAACGUGUAUCAUCAAGCAGAAGUGUGUCACACUAAAGCUGCAUGCGUGUGCUCUACAUGUGCUGACAUGCAGGGUCUGGGUCACAUGCUGCCAGAGCCCUGGCAUUCCCAGACUAACCAGUGUGCCAAGCAGGGGCUCGUGCUCCAUAAGGGUGUGCGAGUGUGUAACUGUCUAUGAAAAUGCAUCGCUGUGCGUCACAGUGGGCCCUACAUGGCCACAAGCUGAUAUUAUAUUACAUAUUACAAUUUUGUACCAAAAACAAUGUCUGAUUAAAAUGGUCAGUACUGCGAUAA